GGAGCGGAGCGGCGGCAGGCGGAGAGCGGGGGGAGGCCCGGGAGGGGCGAGCCCGUGCCCCGCAGCGGCAGCGCAUCCCCUCGGCUGCACCGCCCGCCGCUCCCUUUCACCCCCCUGCCGGCGUCGGGGGCCGGGGCUGAGCCGCCCCUCCGAAGGCAGCGCCAUGUGAGCGGGACCCGCGCCGCCGCCUCAGCGGGCGCGCCCGGGAUGUGAGGAGCCGCCCGGCCGCCCGCACCCCGCCGCCGCCCGGCCGCCCCCCGGGCCGAGGAGAUCACCGGCGCCCAGCCCUGCCCCGGGCCAGCAUGACCGAGGUGAAGGCCAAGGAGCCCCGAGCGCCUCCGCCCGCCAGAGACGGGGCGGUCCUGCUGCAGGGCCAGCCCGGCCGAGACCCCUUCCGCAGGGAAGCGGAGGCCAUCGACAUCUCCCUGGACGGGCUGCUCUACCCCAAGAGCAGCGACGAGGAGGAGGAGGAGGACGAGGAGGCGGAGGAGGAGGCGCAGCCGCAGCCCGGGGAGGAGGAGGACCGGGACCGGGACCCCCUCUCGUACCGGCCGGGGAGCGGCUCCCUCUCGGACAAGGACUCCCUGGACACCGUCCUGGACACCCUCCUGGCGCCCGCGGCCCACGCCGGCCCCGCCGUGGCCGCGGCGCCCUGGCCCUUCUUCGGGGCGGUGGCCGCGGAGCCGCCCGGCGCCCCGGUGAGCCGCGGCCCCCCGCAGAAGGCGGGCGAAGCCGCCCCGGGGGCGCCCGGCCCCUCGCAGCCCCCGCCGCGGCCCGCCCCGCUCUGGCCGGCCGGCGACGCCCCGGCCGCCGCCGCUAAACCGCGGCCGGCGGGGGCGGGGGCCGGCGCGGAGGGUCCCGCCGCGGCCCCCAAGGCCGAGGCGCCCGGGCUGCCGGCGCUGCCCGGCGGCGGGGGCCGGCCGGCGGCGGCGGCGGGGGGGCCGCCGGGGCAGGAGUACCUGCACGUGCCCCUGCUGCCGCUCAACUCGGCCUUCCUGGCCUCGCGCACGCGGCAGCUGCUGGACGUGGCGGAGGACGAGGGCGGCGGCGGCGGCGGCGGCGCGGGGCCGCGCCCCUCGCCCCCCGGCCCGGACCUGGCGGCGGGCUACCUCUACCCGCCGGCGGACGGCAAGGAGGGGCGCUUCGCCUACGGCGACUUCCAGCCCGCUCUGAAGAUCAAGGAGGAGGGUCUCGGCUUCCCCGCCCCGUACCCGGGCGGCGGGGCCACCCCCGCGGCGGGCUGCGCCGACUACCCGCAGCCGCCGCGGGCCGGAGGGCAGGAGCUCCCGCUGGAGUGCGUCCUCUACAAGGCGGAGCCCACCCUCCCGGCCGGGGCCUACGGGCCGGCGGCGGCGGCGGCCGCCGACAGCCUGCCCUCCACCUCGGCCGCCCCGCCGGGCCUCUACCCGCCGCUGGGUCUCAACGGGCACCAGCCCCUGGGCUUCCCGGCGGCGGUGCUGAAGGAGGGCUUGCCCCAGCUGUGCCCGCCCUACCUCGGCUACGUUCGGCCAGAUACAGAAACCAGCCAAAGUUCUCAGUACAGUUUUGAAUCGCUACCCCAGAAGAUUUGUCUCAUCUGCGGUGAUGAGGCUUCUGGUUGCCACUAUGGAGUACUUACCUGUGGGAGUUGUAAAGUCUUCUUUAAAAGGGCAAUGGAAGGGCAGCACAACUAUUUAUGUGCUGGAAGAAAUGACUGCAUAGUCGAUAAAAUUCGUAGGAAGAACUGUCCAGCAUGUCGCUUGAGGAAGUGCUGUCAAGCCGGUAUGGUCCUGGGAGGUCGAAAAUUUAAAAAGUUUAACAAAAUUAAGGUUGUGAGAACAUUAGAUGUCGCACUCCAGCAGCCAGCAGCCCUUCAAGAUGAAAGCCAGUCUCUAACCCAAAGGCUGUCCUUUUCUCCAAAUCAAGAAAUACAGUUUGUUCCCCCAAUGAUAAGUGUUCUACGAGGCAUUGAGCCAGAAGUUGUCUAUGCUGGUUACGACAAUACAAAACCCGAAACACCAAGUUCCUUGCUGACCAGUCUAAAUCAUCUUUGUGAGAGGCAACUUCUUUGUGUAGUCAAAUGGUCUAAAUUGCUACCAGGAUUUCGGAAUUUACAUAUCGAUGAUCAGAUAACCCUCAUCCAGUAUUCCUGGAUGAGUCUAAUGGUUUUUGCAAUGGGAUGGAGAUCAUACAAACAUGUCAGUGGUCAAAUGUUAUAUUUUGCACCAGAUCUGAUUCUAAAUGAACAGAGGAUGAAAGAAUCAUCGUUCUAUUCCCUGUGUCUAUCCAUGUGGCAACUCCCACAGGAAUUUGUCAGACUUCAAGUUAGCCAAGAAGAGUUCCUAUGUAUGAAAGCACUGUUACUUCUCAACACAAUUCCUUUGGAAGGUCUAAGAAGUCAAAGCCAAUUUGAUGAGAUGAGAACAAGUUACAUUAGAGAACUGGUCAAGGCAAUUGGUUUGCGCCAGAAAGGCGUUGUGGCCAACUCACAACGUUUCUAUCAACUUACAAAACUGAUGGAUUCCAUGCAUGAUCUAGUGAAACAGCUGCAUCUCUUCUGUCUGAACACAUUUCUCCAGUCCCGUGCACUGAGUGUUGAAUUCCCCGAGAUGAUGUCAGAGGUGAUUGCUGCCCAGCUACCCAAGAUUCUGGCAGGGAUGGUGAAACCUCUUCUCUUUCACAAAAAGUGAAUUGUCUUUUCUCUUAUCAUAGAGAUGAUUUCCGGGUCAUUUUUUGUUUGUUUAUUUUGGUCAAGAUUUUGCAAUGUCAGGACUUCAGUAUAUUUGUCAUACUUACCCUGCCUACUGCUUUAUACUUGUAACAUACACAAGCCAUUUAAGCUUGAUGUACAUAUUGUGAAUUCCUGAUUCCUUAACUGCAAAAAUCACAACAGUCAUAAGAAAUGUUUUGUAAACUUGGCUAGUUGCUUUUUAGAUAUGCAUAAGAAUGACAAUGAAUAGAGUUUUCAGAUUUCUAAGGACAGUUAUCUUACACGUUUUUCUUACAUAUUACACACUCUCAAAUUUCUGACAUGGUGUAAACUUCUUACUUUAGUACCUUGUGUGCAUGAGUACAUGUGGGCAUGUGCAUAAGACAAGAUUUUGGAGGAAUUAAAAUAAAUAUUGCCCACAUUUUCUCAUGGAUAUUUCACAUUUUAUUAACUAAUCUGCCUCACAGAAAUAUCCUUUCAAAGUCAGCUGUCCUGGAUUAAGUAGACAUCGCUGCAAUACCUUCAUGAGUAACUAAAGUGCUAGGCACAAAGUGAAGUAUACAUUCAUACUCUUGUCUGUGCUCAUACUGCAUUGAAACUCUUGAGUUCAGCAUACCUGUUUUUGCACCAUUCUGUGCAGCUCUCCUUCAGAAUUGGAAAGCCUAGGAAAAUUUCAGUGUAUAUUACACCAGAAGUAAUGUGUAUGCAAACCCACUAAGCUUUGGUUUGUGUAACUUUCCUUAAGAGUUUGGCACUUAUUAAAGCUAAAUCACUUAGCGAUGAUCUUAAAUUAAUCAACUUCAAAAUUCUGUAUUUCAGAAGCUUUAAAUAGAGAUGUUUUCACUGACUACAACUCUUAAUAAUCUUAAUGUUUUGGAUUCCAAUGCUGAAUACUCAAACAGCCAUUAACAACAAAUUACAGCGAGAUUAAAUGCAAAAAGAAAUGGAAAAUAUGACUACAAACAUUUUGAUACACAUCAGGCUCAUUUCAGUAAUAUUUAGUGGAGCUACAUAUUUUAUAUUUUAAAGGCAUGCCAUGAUAAUUGGGGUAACUGUAAAAGAGGAAUUGGACUAAAUUAGCUUUAUACAUUCAAAAAGAAUGUCAUGUUUUACCAUGGAAAUGAAUAUUUGACUGAAAAAUUAUAAUGUGAUUGUGUUUGUUCCUUUGAUAUGGAUAUGAAGCAACUCAUGCAUUUAAGGCAGUAAAUUGUUGAUAUAUUCAAACAACAGAGAAAUGGAUAAAGCCCAAGAAGAAUUUAUGAGUUUAUUAAAAUAUGACAAAUUUUGCCAGUCACGAAAAAUGAUACUCAGAUUCUGUAACAAUGUAGGAAAUGGUGAGUCUUACUUGGGUACUUGCUGGCCACAUGCUUUUGCUCUUCCCCAUUACCUGCUGGAUGCAUCCAUCCUGUGAUAGUGUACUGUUGAUGGGGUGUAGCUUGGUCUGUAUAGGUAUGUCCUUGUCACGUGAACAAAGUCCUAUGGGACAUAAGUUCAGUAUUCCUGAUUAAAUCAGGGUGCCCCUCAUUAAAAGUAUAAGUGACGUUACUUGUUCAUAAAAGCUAUGUCCUGAUUCUUGAAAAAAUGGACAACUAACAACUAAAGGUAGAUCUAAAGGUAUCCUUACUAUUUAUCAUUUCCUAAAGCAAAUCAAGAAGUUGUUACAUUACAACUGGGGAUAAAAACCUUUUUUGAGAUUCCCACAUAGUAAUACAAAACCCACUACAGUUGCUGCAAAGAUGCAGCCCUGGAUAAAAUGGUAUAAGCAGACUUCUGUGUUAGAUGACUAGGUCUGUCAUGCCUAAGUGCCCAGAGACAAGCAAUUUCUUUCAUAUUCAAUACAAUCUGAGUUUUACCUGUGAUCCUUAAAGCAAUUGUUUUAAUAAAUAACACAGAAUUCAUUAUUUCUACAUAUUGAAGUUUUGUUUUCUUUAUUUUUCUUUGUAUUUGCAUUCAGUAGUAGUGGGGCUUAGUAAAAAAGUCCAUUUCAACCAUUCCAUUUUUGUGUAACAACAUUUUCAUGCAUUCUUUGGGAGUUUAAGCAUUGCCACGUGAUUUACCAUUGAAUAAACAGACUGUCUAUGUUACGGUUUGAACUGUUAACAGAAACUGCCCACACUAAAAAUUAUUCCUCAACACCCUAAUUCUGAAAUUAGAAAAAGGAGCAGGCAGUAUGUUUGCCUUAGGAAUGCCCCGGAUCAGCCUACAUCUGCCUUUUAUUCAAUCUCUAAAAUUGGUUCCAAGUGACUGCUAUGUCACCACGUCCCAUAAAUAUGGCAGAUUAGUCUGAAAUGCUCUAUAUUUGUCUCAAAGGCAUAAUCAAAAAGCAAGAAAAAGAAGUCUUUUGGGAAUAGAUAACAAAGAUUAAAAACAUUUUCAAAUUGUAUUUCUUAAAGAUCUCUAACUCAUAGAAAAAAAAUCCCAGAACUUCACGGUCACGAUAGAUUCACUACAUAAAACAGAACACAUUUGGCUAAAUGUGGCUGCUAUAUGGAUUUCAAAGUCCUUUGUUACAUGAUUGUCUGAAGUUUGAAAAAAAUAGUUUAAUUUGAGAACUUCCAGCUUUGAGCCCAGUUAAUAAAAUUGCCUUUAGGCUCCAUUUUGAUACCAUCAUUUGCUCUGGAUUACACAGACACCAUGAACACUGAUCAAAACACAAAAUUGUUUCCUUCCCUAUAGAAAUCUCAUGUACUGUGACUUUUCAGCACUGUGGCAAUGUCCAGAGAGCCAUCAGCAAACUAGUUUUUUCUUUCAGUAUUUUAGAGAGCACAAGGCUUUUUAGUUGUCUGUAUUUCUCUGCAUUGAUAUUUGUUUAAAGAUUAAGGGUUUUUUUUGACCUGAGCUUUACAAAUAGGUUAAACUAAAACAUCUUGUAGUGCUUCUCAAUAUACUGAACAAGGCAUAACAAUGCUGGAUCUUAUGUUGCAUUUUGCACACUAGAAAGAAGAGGUUUCGGUAGAUGGACUUUUUUGGUUUUUGACAUUUAUGAUGUGCCUGAUUACAUUUGAAAGGUAUGAGACCUGUUGCACUAAUUAGAAGGCUUGCCAUCUUCUGCAGAUUGCAGAUAUAACUUUUUGUCUGAGCUAUCACUGUAAGUUCUUCAUCUUACACUAAAUGAUGCAGUCUAUGCCUGAAGCUAAGCCUCUGCUAUUCUGUACCGUUUAGGUAUUUUUGACCCAAGGCCUUUAGCAUUGCCUUCUGCUAGUACAUCAGUGAAGCAAACCAACCAACCCAUGAAGUCAACUGUUUCCUUUGAGCUCUACUGUCAUUACUCAGCUUUGUAGAGGCAUCACAUUUAUAGUUUUUAAAGACUGUUUUGGAGGUUGACGUGCCUGGCAGUGGCAGCCCGGCUGUGCUUGGAGAGCUGUGACAAUGCAACGUGGAGAAGAGUCCUCUAGCCCCGGCAAGCUGUCCUACUCUUUCCCACCAAGUUGCUUCACAGUUGUACCUGCUGUGCUUGAAGACAUACAAAAGGUCAAACACUUGGCUUAUGUUUUCAAAGAUCUUAGCUGGACCAACAGUUUUGACCAGCCUUUAGGGAAGAGGGAAUGUGGGUUUAUUAACACCUAGUCUGUCACAGAGGGAAAUGUAGUCUGAGAAACUUUCCAUCGAUUUCAUGGCGCUUUGGAAUAGUCUGGUUAUAUGUGUGCAUAAUAAACUGAAGCUUAGGUGGUUUUGAGCUCCAGCUGUUCCUUGAGCUGCACUGCAUUUAUGUUUUCUUGUUAUUUCUACAGUAGAGAAAAACUUAAGGUUAGUUUAUCCCUAGAGGAGGGGAGGAUGGGGCUGCGCUCCACCCGUGCAGCAGUGCAGCUCCAAGCAGCUCCAAGCACACAUUUCUUGCCUGACGCUGUUUGUGGCACGCUGACCUUUCUUUCCUUCCGAUAAGUCAGCUUGCAGCCGCAGAACCAAUAUCCAAAGCCCUCCCAACUUUCCAUGGCUCAAAAGCCUGUGUGCAUACUGCCAGGCUAGACUGUCAGCAUUGCUGGAUUUACUGGUUUGUACUGCUUUGUGUCAUGAUGACCUGACUUGAACAGAGGGUUUGUUUUUAAUUUAGUUCUCUUUUCCCCCUUGGAAGAUGGAAAAAAAAAAAAAAAGACAUAUUUUAGGAUUUUGUGUUUUAGAAUAUAUGAGGGGUUUCUUUUUCAGUGAAUGCUAUUAAUUUAUUAGAUUGACGUUAUUUGCAUGCAGAAUGGUACUGUAGCUUCUCAGAUGCUUGGACAGAAACAUGCAGUAAAAGGUGACUGCAUGAAUAAUAAUAACUAAGUUAAAAUUUAGCUGGCUGUUUACCUCAAAGAGAAUAUAGUCCUCAGAAAAUAGUCCUUCAGUGCUUCUGGAACUAAUGCAGCAGUUGCAUAACUUCAAAUACAUGAGCAGUGCUGCUCCUUUGAUGUGUUUUUUUGCUCACAUUUAGGCAUUUUUUUCCUGGGUUGGGCUCACAGUGCUCUGUACAAGGUAUUUAAAGUAUAUGAAGGAUAUCCAGGAGGGGUGAGCUUUCAUUUAAUACUAGUUUAUCAUUUAAAACUGGCAACAUUUCAGUUUCUUACCAGUGUGGGGUGUGCUUAUUGUAAAAAUACCAUCACAAGUCUUUUAGUCAUAGAUCAUGUUUUUCUGACCAUGAAAACUAAAUUACCCUUUCACCUCUGCAGGUACAAUAGUUCCACCAGUUUAGCAUUCAGGCAUUUCAGUGAGGAAGUUCUCACAGUGUCAUUUAAAUAGUCUCACUCUAUUGCAUUUUCCCACAGCUCAAUUUAAAUACCCACCCAGCCAGUUUAGUACUAAAAUCUUUUUGCUAUGUUGAGGAAAAAGAAAUAUAUAAUUGACAGGAAUCCAGAACUCUGCAUCAGUGAACUCCACAACUGCGGGCAUAAUAAAUAUCUUUGCCAUCAAGUCAGAAAUAACUGGACAGACCAGUGCAGAGACCUUUGUGUUACACAGGUGAGACUUACAUGAACAUCACUGUAAGUUGCUCAUUCCAUCUUGGAUGUACGGUUUUCACAUAUGCCUACUUUUCAUAUACUAGAUAAAAACAGAGUAAUGCUUUUACACUUCAUACCGUGUAUUGUUGGUUUAUGUCCAGUCUGAGACUCUAAGCUGCAAUACUUCCAGUUGAGAACAAUGUUUUCAUCAUAGUGCUGUUCAAAAAACCUGAUUUAUUCUGGCAGGUCCAUUGUGGCUAUAUGGAGCAUGAAUAACGAAAACACCA